UUCCAGUAUACUGUGUACUUUGGGCACAGAGGAUGGGAGAUUUUGCAAGCCCCAACGCCGCGAACGGCGGCAGUAUUUGCAUCAACAACAGUAACAUGAACACCGGCAUCAACGCCAGCAACACCACGGUCAACAGCGUUAGCAUUCCAAAACACAGCACCGUGGUCGAGCGACUGAGACAACGGAUCGAGGGUUGCCGGCGACACCAUGUCAACUGCGAGAACCGAUACCAGCAGGCUCAAGCUGAACAACUUGAGAUAGAGCGCCGGGAGACGGUGAACCUUUACCAGCGAAGCCUAGAGCAGCGGGCGAAAAAAUCUGCCAACAAGCAACAGAGCAAGCAACAAGACACUGACUCGGCAGCUACAACCGAGCAGAGGAAUAACACGCUCAUAGCGCUCCAGGAGACGGUUAAGAGGAAACUGGACAGCGCACGCUCACCCCUGAACGGAGAUCAGAACGGGAUUUGCGAAGGAAGUUACUCGCCUACAACGAAAAGAAUACGGAAAGAAGGGAACACAGGGCUGGACUCAUUGGGCACUUUGCCUAAUAACGUGCCCCCUAUUUCACCUUUGCAUCAAAUGGACGUUAAACCCACGCUUCCAGCAACCGGUAACAACAACAACAACAACAACGGCACUGGUAACGGGAAUGCCGGGAGUAACCACAUAACCGGUCGGCAAGAGGACUUGGGCAAGAACGGAGGGUUGCCUGACAUCAAGUUGAACGGCUCCUUGGAUUUAGACGAUGGCUUUGGGCUUCUGAAAGACUUGAAGCAAGAGCCUUUGGAUGACGGCGGCGGGAUAGAAUCUUCGGAAACCUCGCUGUCCAAUCAGAACAAGCUCUUCUCCGACAUCAAUCUGAACGACCAGGAGUGGCAGGAACUGAUUGACGAGCUGGUCAACACUGUGCCCGAGGAUGACAUGCAUGACCUCUUCAACGAGGAUUUUGAGGAGAAGAAAGAGGCUGCUGAGUUCUCCAGGCCGACGGCUCAGACGCCCCUCCCGCAGGAGCCGCCCCCGGCCUCUGCGGCACCUAACCCCCCAGUUCCCCAAACUGGACAGAUCCCCAUGGGCUCCCCCCAGGUGCGCCCGUCAUCCUCUGGUCCUCCUUUUGCCACGGCCGCCAAUGGCACCCCACCUCAGCAACCCUUGCAGCAAUCCCCGGCUGUCGCCAUGGCAUCGGGAUCGCCAGCCAACUGUGUUGCCCGGUCACCUCAGACACCUACCCAGGCCCAGACACAGGCCCCGAGGCCUGGGAACGGAUUCAUGAUGAAUCCAGGCCCAGGUGUGGGACAAGGGGGAUCGACGCCGGUUGGAUCCGGGGGUCCAGCCCAGACAGCGGGAGGCGGAGGAGGGUCCGUUCCGGUUCAGGUUCCGCUACCGACCACAGACCUUUCACACGCAGAGCAGCUGAAGCAAAUGGCUGCUCAGCAGCAACAACGGGCGAAGCUCAUUCAUCAGAAGCACCCGCAGCAGUCGCAAGCGGCUAGCUGGUCCCCAGCGGGACCUCCAACCAGCCCUUAUGGAGGUCCCUUCAACCCCGACAAACCAAAUAGCCCCAUGAUGUACCCGCAAUCUUUCAACGCACCCAACUCCAUGGUGGCCAACAUGGGUGGCGCCAAUCAGAAACCAGGCAUGAACAACUACCUCCCGCAGAACCACAUGAACAUGCUGAGCCAGCAGCAGCAGCAGCAGCAGCAGAACAUGGCCGCGCAGAACGUCCUGAACAAGCAGCUGUCGUACAGCAACACCAAGCCAUUGAGUCACUUCAGUGCUGUGGAACACAUGGGUCAGAGGAUGACACCUCCUAUGGCUAACCAAGCCAAAAAUCCCAUGAUGCCCUACAUGCAGGGGGCGGGGCAAGGAGGAGGCCCUCCCCCGGCCCAGGGCCCCAUGCCUGGCCAGACGGCCCAUCUGAUGAGCCAGAAGAUGGGUCAGAGUUUGCCUUACAGUGCCAUGCAGACGCAUUCACAGGAACAGGGCGUGGUUGGUAUCUCAAGGCAACCGGGCGGCGUCCAGAACCCUCACGGAGGUCCGGGGGGCGUGGCCCCGGGCGGGCCUAACGGCUCGGGGGCGGGGCCCGGCGGUUACCUGGGCAACCAGCAGCAGGCGGCCAUGAUGAAGCAGAUGAUGGCCAUGGAACAGGAGAAAAGAGCUCAGCUCCACAUGAUGGAGCAGCAUAAGGCCCAGUUACUGAGAGAGCAGAGACAGCAGCACAUACUGGCCGAACAGUUACAGCAGCAGCAACAGCAACAUCUUCCCAGGCAGAUGGGCCAACCUCAGAGAAACCCCUACCCACUACAACAGGUCAACCAGUUCCAAGGGACGCCGCAGGAAAUUGCGGCGAGGAACCAGGCUCUUCAAAGCAUGCGUAACGCCCGUCUCCUGCAGCAGCAGCAGCAGCAGCAGCAGCAGCAGAGCCAGGGCAUCCUGCAGAUGGCGCCGGUCCAGAACUCGGCGGGCAUGGGACAGGCCGAGAUGGGCGCCUACGGGGCCCAGGCGGGCUCUCAGACGGGCAUGUACCCGGGCAUGAACCCGGGCAUGGGCCAGAUACUCCAGCAGCAGCAGCAGCAGCAGCAGCACCCCAACCAAAGCGGCAUGACGCUCGGACAGAGACAGGCGGGACCCCCCGGGCCGGGCAUGGUUGCCGGGGCAACGGGAGGCGGGUACGGGCAGGGCAUGCUGAUGAACCCGGCCCUGUCCCAGCAGACGAUGAAAGGGGGCGGGGUCAACGCCCCCGCCCAGACGAUGGCCAAGGCCCAAGCGCAGAGGCUGCAAAGCAUGAUGGGAAGUGGAGGACAGGGCUGGCCCCCGCAGCAGCAGCAAAACAUGCAGGCCAUGGCUGGCAGGACUACAAACGACAUGGUGGCGUUUAACAGCAACCCCGCGUACGGCAUGCAGGCUGGGCAGAACACCAGGAUGCCGAAACAGCAUUUCGCGCAGGGGAUGGGCGGACAGAACAUGGUAGACCCUCGUGCCAUGAACCCGGCAGGAUUGGCCGGGUCUAUGAUGUCACACAUGGCAGGCCAGCCAAGGACCAAUCAGCCGCGAGGCAUGGUGAUGCCUGGCAUGAAUCAAGGCGUGGCCAACAUGGCUGCGUUCGGACAAGGCCCCGCGCAGGGCAUGGCUGGCGCGGGGGGAGGGGGAGGGGCUUACGUGCCAGGUGGUCAGCCGCAAGGCUACCAGCGGACGUCCAAUCAGGACCUGGCUUAUGGUUACGGCAGCCAGACAGGGGCCGGGGGCGGGGUUUCGUUUGGCAUGUCGGACGGAACAGAACUAGACUCAACAGACGGUUGGAUGGAGGAGUUUUUCCCUGGCCAAUAG